CCCCUCUUCGCCGUCCCCCCGGGCCCCGCGGCCCCGCGCGGCGGGGUUCCGGGCCUGGGCAUGGAGCGGGUGUGCGCCAUUUUCGGGGGGUCGAGGGGCAUCGGGAAGGCCGUGGCCCAGGCGAUGGCCCCCCGGGGCUACGGCCUGGCCAUCGUGGCCAGGGACCUGGCCGGGGCCAGGGACACCGCCCGGGAGCUUGGGGGAGAUCACCUGGCAUUUAGCUGUGAUGUUGCCAAAGAGCAAGAUGUCCAAAAAACAUUUGAAGAAAUAGAGAAAAAAUUAGGCCGGGUUAAUUUCCUGGUUAAUGCUGCCGGCAUCAACAGGGAUGGCCUGUUGUUAAGAACCAAAACUGAGGACAUGGUGUCUCAGCUUCACACCAACCUCUUGGGAUCGAUGCUCACAUGCAAAGCUGCUAUAAAGAAUAUGAUUCAGCAGGAAGGAGGCUCUAUUGUUAAUAUAGGAAGUGUUGUUGGGCUAAAGGGCAAUUCUGGUCAGAGUGUAUACAGCGCCAGCAAAGGAGGAUUGGUCGGGUUCUCGCGAUCUCUUGCCAAGGAGGUAGCAAGAAAGAAAAUUCGAGUGAAUGUUGUUGCCCCAGGGUUUGUCCAUACCGACAUGACUGCAGACUUGAAAGAAGACUACAUAAAGAAGAAUAUUCCUCUCGGAAGGUUUGGGGAGCCUAUGGAAGUUGCAAAGGCCGUCAUCUUUCUUCUAGAAUCCCCCUACGUUACGGGACACGUUCUGGUCGUAGACGGGGGAUUGCAACUUAUCAUGUGAACGGCACAACACUCAAAUAGCUUAAGAGAGAAGAUGCUGCCUGAUAUGAAUUGAGGGAAUAAUAUCAUUGGCUAAAUAUUGUAGACCCUUCCCGACAUACCUCGAUAGCACCUUUGUAAUCAAAACUAUAAAAAGCAGCAGUUAUUCUAGUUUCACGUAGUGAUCAUUCGCCUAUUCAGUUACUUUAACCAGAAAUCUGGGUUCCAAUCCAAGUUAUGUUGAGGCAUUUAAAAAGUGGUAAUAGCACUUGUUUUUGCAUCUCAAAAUUGACCAAUUAUAUAUUUCAGAUGGGCUCGUGAAAGAGUGAAUCAACCAGUGGUAUUUAUUGAGUGCUUACUGUGUGCAGAGCACUGUACGAAGUGCUUGGGAAACUACAAUACAAUGGAGUUGGUAAGUGUGAGCCUUUCAGCCUAUGUGGCGACAAGGGAUGAAUAUAGAUUCAUAUUUUUAUUGAAAUUUUCAAAAUGUAUUUGAAGGGCAUUAUAUUUUAGAAACAUGGCAAAAUCACCAAGGUCACCAAGGUCCUAAGCAGUCAUUAUUGAUAAUGCUAUUUGUAUUAUUACAUUUUUUUAAAUGAAGCCUUUUUAAUUCCUCUUGAAAAAUAUUGGUGAAUAUUUUAAAAUAAUGGGCUGUUUCUGGAAAAUAUUUUGUAGCAAUAAUAAGUACAUUUUAUUUAAUGAUAUAUUUUUAUAAUUAGAUAACAUCUUAUUCUGAUGUAAAAAGUGGUAGCUUAUCAGUUUGUACUAUUUUAAUCUUCAGACUUAUCAUAUACCUAUCCUAUGUUUAGCCCAGUGCUUUGACUUAAGAGGUGCUUAAUGAUGCCAUAAUUGUACAUUUUUAGAUCUCGAUGAUAUUAGAAAUUGCUUUAAAAACAGUAAAACAAGAAAAAUUAAUUUUGGA